AUGGAACACGAAAAGUUCCCAGGUGAACAGAAGAGUUUAGUAAAUAAAAUUUAUGAUGACGAUGUGGAUGACGAGAUUGAUGAAGGCGUAGAAGACGACAUGGAUGAUUUGAAUGAUAUAAAUACUUCUGUGCUUCUAGACGACGAAGAGGAGGAGGAUAUGAAUCAAUAUAUAUUUCAAGAUGACGAAGAAGAGGAUGAUAUGGCUCUACGUCCUGAACAGUUAGAAAAGCUCGCAAAGUCGGAAAAAAUAAAAGAAUUUUUACGUGACGAUAAGUUACGAGAGAUCAUUCAUCAUAUAAAUUUUACUGCAAGGAGUGGCAAUGUUGAAGAUCUGCUAGAUGCUACCAAGAAAAAUGACGAAAUUUUUUUUAACUUUACAGAAGAAAUUUUGAAUACAGUGAUUGGACCGAAAACUUUCGCUGAUAUAUAG